AGGGUUUGGGGAGGUUUCGGGGAGGUUUCAGACGCCUGAUCGGCCCUCGUCACAUCUUGAUUGGCUGACGUGCCGUAUAAAGUCAUAGGUAACGACACGGCCACAGAGCACCAUACGGGCUAGCGAUUACAAGAGAGCGAGCACAGCUGAUCGGAAGUCCGAGCAAUUUUAAGCUGCGCAACAGAGACUCCGCCGCAGAUCCGAACGGUUGAGAGCCGGUGAAAAGAAGCGACCAUGUCUAUGACAGUGAAAGCCUAUCUCCUCGGCAAGGAGGACGUGCAGAAGGAAAUCCGCCGCUUCGCCGUUGACCAAGACGUGUCGACCAGUUUCGAGUACCUGAAUCGGAAGGUGGCCGACGUCUUCCAAAGCCUCCGGAAUGCCACCUAUCAGAUGUACUACAAAGAUGAGGAUGGGGACAUGAUCGCCUUCUCCUCAGAUGACGAGCUGAUGAUGGGACUCUCCUGCGUGAAGGAUGACACUUUCCGCAUCUUUAUCAAAGAGAAGAAAGAACACAAACGGGACUUCCACCCCCAGGGGUUCCAGGGCCCCCCCCACUUCCCCUUCCCUCCCCCUCCCGGAGCCCCCCACAUGCCGCCCCCGCCCCACCCCAUGGUGCACCCCAACGUGACGUGUGACGGCUGCGAGGGCGCGGUGGCGGGAACGCGCUUCAAGUGCACCGUCUGUCCGGACUACGACCUGUGCUCGUCCUGCCAGGCCAAGGGCCUGCACAAGGAGCACCCCCUCAUGCCCAUCUGGCACCCCCUCAACAACAUGUUCGAGUGGUUUCCUCGUGGGAAGUGGCUGCGCAAGAUGAGACAUGGCAUGCCCCACUGCAUGUGGGCUGGUGUCCAGAACCAGCACCAGAACCAGCCCCAGCCCCAGCCCCAGCCGGGCCCAUCCGGAGCCCAGCCUGCCUCCCAAGCCACCCCACCCGCGGAGAACAUGCAGACCGAACCUGAUGGAGCCAGUUCCUCCCAGGCUAACGUGGAGUACCUGAAAAACAUUGGAGAGGGCGUGGCCGCCAUGCUCAGCCCCCUGGGAAUCGAUGUGGACAUUGAUGUGGAGCAUGAUGGGAAACGGACCAAAGUCACCCCGAAUCCACCGGGUUCCGGAGGCCCCCCCAGCGCCCAGUCUGAGGGCAGGGCCAGGGAGGGUGAGGGAGAGGCGCUUUCAGAGAGGCAGAGCAGUCUGCGGAGCAACGCCAGCGGGACGAAGGGGCAGAAAGAUCAGGGCAGCGAUGAGGAGUGGACUCACCUUUGUCCGAAGGAGGUGGACCCCUCGACGGGGGAGCUGCAGUCCCUGAGGAUGGAGGAGGGAAGUGACGACCCAGGGCCCCUCAACGCGUCUGCACAGGGCCCCACCGGCCUGCGGGAGGCAGCACUGUACCCCCACCUGCCACAAGACGCUGACCCGCGGCUGGUGGAGUCCCUGUCCCAUAUGCUGUCCAUGGGCUUCACAGACGACGGCGGCUGGCUGACCCGCCUGCUCCACACCAAGAACUACGACAUCGGAGCAGUGCUGGACGCCAUCCAGUACCCCAAAGCACCUGGCUCUCAGAAGUAGCACCAAAGCCACAGGGUGACCGCGGCCAUCUCACCGCACACGACCGCGACCGCAACUGACCCUGACCAUGACUGCAGCUACCCUAUAGCAAAACCAAGAUUCCUGCAUUUUUUCCAUCUCUGAAUCGUUUUCUCUACACUUCCUGUUCAUUUGCAUAUGCCUCUUAUGGUACUCAUAUCAUUUACAAAAAAGAAUGCUUAGAUAUUUUGCAUAAAGGAUCUGUAGGCAAACAUUAACCUGAAGGUUAGAAAUAAUUCGUCUCAUUACUCACAGCUCAGCUAUUUAUAAUAAUGAGCCGUUUCACCCUUUAAAGGUCUGAAGGAGAUCUUGUAAUUUUACUUUUGGAUUAGGGUAUAUAUAAGCCAUUGAAAUUAAGGUUGAGAAAACACGGUUGACUAAAGGUUGACCAAAUCAGGUUCGCAAAGUACAAUUGAACUGUUAAGCCCUGAAGAAUUUAGAUUCUAUAAAUAUUAAAAAGCACAAAAACACUUUAAAAUCCCUAAAGUAAGCAGCAAUUCUGGAAGAUGUCUUCAUGUCAGUCUCAAUGAAUGUAGUUUACUAAAAAUGACCCAGCAAAGGUUGAGAAACUUUGUCUUUGAAAACUGUCUUGUCUGUCUUGAAUAAAGUGCUUCAGCAUCA